AUGUCUGGUUUCACGACGCCCAGGAAGAGGACCGUGUCGGAGCGUCUAGACGGGCACGGCGGGUCGGACCUCAUGCCGUUUGAGGACCACCAGGAGAUGAUCAACGCCGUCAUCUCGGUGUUGCAGUGCCCCGAGGAGAAGACCAACGUUUCCGAGGUCUACGCCAACACCAAGAACUCGGCAAGCGAGGUGCAGGCCUACGCCAAGAUCGCCGGCAAGGACUGGACCUACUAUGUCAAGUCGUUGGCCAUCUCGAUCGGCAGGAACACCGAGACGCCCGGCGUGCGCAACGGCGGGGGCCCCCUCAUCGAUAUCGACUUGGGCCCCGCCAAGAUUGUCAGCAGGUCGCACGCGACCAUCACCUAUAACCUCGACUUGCGGUGCUGGGAGUUGAAGGUGUUGGGGCGCAACGGCGCCAGGAUCGACGGCCAGAAGGUCAACGUGUCGCUGCCGCUGCUGCAGCCGCUGGAGAUUAACGCCUUGCACUCGGGGGCGAUCUUGGACGUUGGGGGCACGCAGAUGAUGUUUAUAUUGCCCGAUAGCCCCGCCAACGUGGCCCCCAAGAUGCUAGAUAAGUGUCUCCAGAAAUACAAGGACAAGAGACGCAGAAGCUCCAACGAUGUUAGUAGUAACAACAACAGUAGUGGAGCAAGUAUCAUGAGGAACUUUCACGUGAAUGAAAAUGCUCGCUUGAACCACUCGCCAACCUCGCUUUCGGCGGUGUCCUUGCAGAAUGCCAUCGACGAUGAUUUGUCCAAGGAGGACUCCAAGGACACUAAACCCCCUUACAGUUAUGCAACCAUGAUCACUCAAGCGAUAUUAUCCAACCCCAACGGAGUCAUGUCGCUUUCAGACAUUUACAACUGGAUCUCGUCUCGCUAUGCCUAUUAUAGAUUUUCCAAGACCGGGUGGCAGAACUCAAUUAGACACAAUUUAUCAUUAAACAAGGCUUUUGAAAAAGUACCAAGAAGACCCAAUGAGCCCGGGAAAGGUAUGAAGUGGCAAAUCAGCGACUCUUACAAGGAGGACUUUAUGAACAAGAUCAAUAAUGGCACUAUAUCCAAAACAAGACGCGGCUCAUCGGUCUCGAGACAACUCAGCUUGCAUUUGGCGACGCAUAAACAUUUGCCCGAUGGACAAAGCUCCAAAGGCCACGAUACCUCUACUCAGUUUCCUCAGCCUUUGCAGCUGAUUAAAACAACUAGACAAGGGUCACAACCACUGCAACCAUUACAACUCGCUGCACCCCCACAGCCUCCACUUCCCCCACAACAAGCAGACCAUCAACAAAUGCUGCUCCCACAGCAGCAACAACAACAGCAACCUCACCAACCAAACUUGUCAUAUGGGUAUGAUCAAAGAACAGACUCUAAAAACUUUCACUACGCAAACAAUGCAGUCCCUCAUCCAUUGAGCUACAUGGCCCAACCCAACGUGUACAUGCAAAACAACAAUCGCAAUUUCGCAUACCCACAAUCUCAACCUCAACCGCAACCCCAGCAGCAACCGCACCAACCACAACCACAACCACAACCACAACUACAACAGCAACAGCAACAGCAACAGCAGUUUUACCUGCCAAUUCCAACUCAUCAAAACCUGCCAUUCCAAGUAAACGGAAUCAAACCGCCUUCCAUCCCAGGCUACAACCAACCCCACCCGCUCUCUGGACCGGCAUCCAACCAUCCACACGAUGCGCUGAACAACACGUCAUCAAAGAACAACACAAGCAACACCAACAGCACCACCAACAACAACUCCAAUAACAACACUUAUAUGCAUUCGCGAGACUCUUCAUACUCGGCUUCGCAUAACUUACAGGACAUGACUCUGAUGAACUCCUUUGGAUCGAACCAAAAUGAUUCAAUGAGUUCAGUGCCACCCUCAGUACCAGCAAACACUAGCGUUGGUAGUGCUGGUGCCAACACAACCUCGACUACAACCACCACCGCCACGGUUAACAACACUACCGAACCAAUGAAUUCGUUUACUAGCCCCAAGAAAAUCUCGGCAUUAGAAGCAUACACCCCUGAACGUGGCUCGAGUAGACAACAGCAACAUCAACAGUCAAAACAACAGCCUCAACAAAAGGCGGUGCCCCCUGAAGCCAAUUUGAAGAAUUCAAAUUUGGCACCCACACAGAACCAAAAUUACCAGCAUGGACAAGGCCAAUCGAGCCCGGCGUUUUGGAACUUUGUUCAGUUCAGCACACCCAAUGGGCAGCAGUCGCCAUUGAGGAAAGAAAGCGACGGUGGGUCCAGCGGCGACGACUUGGGGGGAAACAACAUGAGUCCCACCUUGAAUCGUAAACAUGGUAAGGAGAACUCCAACAAUAACAAUAACAAUAACAAUAACAAUAACAAUAACAAUAACAAUAACAAUAAUAACAAGAACAAUAACGAUAACACUAAUAGUAACAGCAGCAAUUCAGUGGUGCUGAAUGGAGUAAAUGGUGAGAGUAAUGUGGCAUUCAAACUGGAUCUGAAUCAACAACGCGCUGAAGUUGUUGAUUCUUGA